ACUGUCGCAAACAUCAGUGAAUCAGUUGGUACUAGUUGAUUAACGUUAAUUUCUCACGAUAUAACUGGAUAUUGGCCGCACAGUCUCAGAACUCUCGACGCGAUUACGUAAUUUUCCUCAAGCUCCGUGCAAGGCAGGGGCCCUCUGCCAUCUCGCAUUUCCGAGAGCUAUCCAGAGCUAUCAGUUAGUGAGCAAUGGCAAAUAGACUAUUUGUGAGUUACUUACGACCUGUUAUUCAAAUCCAAAGAUGUGGACUGAUGACAAUGGACAAAGUUGGUAAUAGGGAUGUAGUAGGCUACGGAUACAAUGGUGAACCUACUUACUUGGAUAGAAUGGAUUUCCCCUAUCCUGCGAUACGCUGGAAAGAAAACACUGCUGAUAUCAUGGCACUGAGAGAGAAGGAGAAGGGAGAUUGGAAGAAGCUAUCAAUCGAGGAGAAAAAGAUAUUGUAUCGUGCCAGUUUUCGCCAAACAUUUAGCGAGAUGGAUGCACCAACAGGAGAAUGGAAAGGCAUCGUGGGAAUGUCUUUGCUGGUAUCGAGCGCUGCCAUAUGGCUUUUUUUGUAUUUCAAGGUAUUCGCUUAUCCGCCUUUGCCUGAAACAUUUUCGCUGGAAAGACGAUUGGCGCAAUUGGAUCGCAUGAAGAAACUCGACAUGAAUCCAAUCGACGGUCUCUGCGCUCGAAAAUAAAUUAAUUAAAUUUAUCCUGCUACUAA